UAUAUAUAUAUAAGGUUGAAAACUAAGCUCAGAAAUGAGCAUUAUAAACUCUUCCAGAUCAAGGGAGUGCUGUACCCCCAAGCUGAAGUUUCAUAGGCCACCAUCAUCCCAACACUCAGUCUUCCCAAGCAAGUUAAUUCCCACCAAAAAUGAACACAGUCAAAGAUUACAAAACCUAAGCGGAAGUCCAUUAUCAAGAAAAAGUGUCCAUAGGUGCAAUAAAUAGAAUUUAUACCGGAGGAACUAUAAAUAGUAAAGCAAUUGGGUAGGGGCUCUUAACAGACAGAUAUUGAAAAUGUUAAGGAAAAUAAAAGAAGAAGUAGACUUCGUAAAAUAGGAACAGAGGGCUAAGAAAUAAGAACAAGUAGAUCUGAAAAAGAAACGAGUAAAAACCCUAAAAAUAUUAGUGCCAAUUUCUAUGAGUCAAUGAAUUCACAAGUGAAUACCUAACAGUUAUUUCCUGUGGCCUUACUUGGUGGCUGGGGGCAGGGGAAGUGAUAUAAGAGCAGAAACAGUUGUUUUCUACAUCUGAAUUACAAAAUAGGAACAAUAAAGAUAAUGGUUUAUUGAACAGGAUGGUUUACUGAGCGGUCCAGCACUGUAAGCAAAUGGCUUACAAACAUUGGCCUACUCUUUUUGAUGCUUGAGAGAGAUACUUUGAUAGAAGAUUAUUCCAAAAUAUAAUUACUUGGUCUUUUAGUUCUCUCUUUAUUAUCAUAGGACACUAUGGGGAAUUUUUUUUUCUUUAGAUUGCAAACUAGUUUUAAAAAGAGCUUGUAAUGAACAAUUUAAUUAGAUUGGUUUUGGCUUGCCUAAAAGCUUAAGAAGGUAUUAAUAUUCUAAUCAAAAGUCUUGGGAAAGCAUUCUUACAAUAAAAAAAGGAAAGAAAAUCUUCGUUCUUAUGCUUUAAGAACCAGGAAAGCUGUCGAAGGAUGUAAGGUAACUCUUACAAAAGCAAUUGUUAAAUAAAUGUGGUUUGGCCACAAUGAGCCAACACCUAUGUUUGCCACAGACUUAGGUUCCCACCUGACUCACCGCAAAUUUAUUCAGCUGCUUAAGAUUAUUAUUUACUCAUACUUCAAAAGAACAGCAGCCUGGAAUUUUUAGACUUUUAAUGGCAACGGAAGGAACUUACCUAUGAUAAACAUUUUUCUUUACUCUCAUGCUUUCUUAACCCAUGGCUGUUCUGAGUCAAUGUUUGCCUUGCAUUCAAAAAAUAAUAGUAAAGAUUCAAGUAAAACAUAUUCAUUAAGCACUAUUUGAAAGAUAUACCAAGUGCUUUCACAUUAUCUCACUUUAUUCCUACAAAGAUCAUGUGCAAUAAAUAUCACUGUUCUUGUUUCCUACAGAUGAAAAAAAAAAAAAACUGAGGGUCAUUUUCAGAGAAAUUGGAUGACUUACCCAGAGCCACACAGAUGUGUACGUGGCAAAGGAAGAUUCCAUUUCAAGUCUUCCAACCCCAAAUUCAUCUUCCUUUCCCUAAGGGGAAAUGGUGCUAUGGAAUUCAUGCAAGCCACAGAGCUUGGAUAAAAGGCAUAGGAAGACCAAGCAUAGGAAAAAUAGGAAGAGGUGGAUCCUCCUUUGUUUUUAAUCAGUGUUCUACCGGCCUAGAACUCUUCUGGGAAAAGAAGCAGGAUGUGACUGAAACAUAGCUGCUUUCUAGAUCUCACCAAUUUGGUUUUUCUCGUCAAUCACAUCUCUCUCUCCUUCGACUUCCCACCAAACCAGCAUCUGUUCAGCUUCAAAGAAAAAAGAGCCCCACUGUUUCCCAGUCAUUUAUCAUCAAUCUAAAGUAACUGCCAAUCACAAAAGUCCCAUCUUUAUUUCUUUCCUUAGAAACAAAUUUCUCGAGGGAAGCUUAUCAGUAGCAGAAGUGCAGACUGGGAAAUGACCUGUGUCACCCUCCCAUCUAGAAAUACACAGUGCACAUCCAGAUCCCACACCCCCAAGAGGGUUGUGCAAUAUCUAUUAAUUUAUGAGAGCUGUUUCCCAUAGAUGAUGCUGCAGGCAUUAGUAAGGAGGGGUAAGUUCCAGCAAUGACACCAUCUCUACUGCACCUUGGCUGGUUUCCGGGUGCCAUCUCCUGAUCCCUCUCCCCACUCCCACUGCCCUCUCACCAUCCUUCCCCCAAACCCCACUCUCCCCACCAAUCUGGGUCAGUGAUAAACACAGAGUAUUCCACAUGCCUCUGAUAUAACAUUCAACAAACUAAAGCUAAUACUGCCUUUAAGGCUCCUGUCCCCCCGGCUAGACUCCUAGAGGAGAACUGUGACUUUAUUCCCCUUGCAUCCUGGACACCCACACAUAGUAGGUGUUCAGUGAAUAUAUGAUGAGUUGAUGAAUACCCACUGAAUGUGCUGUUUGCCUUGCUCCUUCCUUGUGCUUCCUUCCACUGUUUCUAUCGCCUAAAAUUCUUCUCCCUUUUUCCUCUACCCUCGAGUAUGAAAAAAAUGUGUUUCCUUAUUGGGUAGGGAGUCCUGGUAAUUAUACAAACAUUUAUGUAAAAUGUUCUUCUAAUUGGUAUAUUCCAUGCUAUGUCCAGAUUCUUUCAAGUGAAUUCUCAUUGAGGUAAUAAUAACUCACCAAAGUUUCCAGGGAUGAUCCCCUAGCUGUUCAAAGCAACCUUUUAUAUAUUAAAUACCAGUCAAUAUGAAUCAAUGGUAACUGAAAAAAAAAGGUUGAUAGCUUGUGAAGGAGUUGGAGUACAGAACUAUGCUUAUAAAUUGAUCGUCACAAAGGCAGACUUUUUCCCACAGAAAUUGUAUUAUGAAUGCUAGUUAUAGUUUGAGACUAGUUAAUAAAAUUCUACUCACUCCAAACGUAGGAUUAAUGGAACCCACAUGAGUUGUGUGCUGUCAAAGUAGAGUCAAGAGUAGAGAGAAGAAAGAGAAGAAAAUUUCCUCCCUGUUCUCACAGCACAGGGCACCCAAGGGCUUCUACAGCAUAAAAUGUACUCCCUUCUAUUUUUUACUGCCCUUAUUCCCAAGCUGAACCAAAUAUUUACCUCUGCCCUCAUUUUCAGUUAUGGAGUUCACCCAGGCCCUUUUCAACCUUCGAGGUUCCUUAACCUUUACAUUACUAAUUCUUUUUCUAAGCAAAAUCCAGCUGAUCUCUACUAGAUGGUUAAAAGGAUAGCAAAUAGGUAAAUUAAUCCACAUUAAGGCACAAAUGACUGCUAGCCAUAACCCUUUAAUGACUAAUUAAUUUUUAAUAAAGAAUAUGUGUUUAUAUAAAUGAAUGUAUACUUCUAAGUUGGCAUAAGUUCCAAAACAAUAAUAAGAUGAACUAGAAAAUCUACAAGCUAUAGGGAAAUCCUCUGGGUGAGAAAGAACUAGUCAUACCUCCCUAAAAGCCUAGCCCUAGUUUCUGUUACAUUAUUUCUUCCUUCAUCUUCUGUUUUCUAAACCACAAGUUUCUAAAAGCACCAAGGAAUUUUCUACCUGUUUAUUUUGUUUUGUUUUUGUUUCUGUUUUUUUUCCAAGGUGAGGCCCAGGUUGACACUGAGUAUUCUCUGUGAAACUCUUCAAGGAGCAACACGUGAUUUCACAGAAAUUAGUCUCGAUACGCUGCAUUCCUAGCUGUGCAUUUGAUAUAGUGUUUGUGACAAAUUCGACCCAGGAGAUCAAAAUGAUUCUCAACUCUUCUACCGAAGAUGGUAUUAAAAGAAUCCAAGACGAUUGUCCCAAAGCUGGAAGGCAUAAUUACAUAUUUGUCAUGAUUCCUACUUUAUACAGUAUCAUCUUUGUGGUGGGAAUAUUUGGAAACAGCUUGGUGGUGAUAGUCAUUUACUUUUACAUGAAGCUGAAGACUGUGGCCAGUGUUUUUCUUUUGAAUUUAGCACUGGCUGACUUAUGCUUUUUACUGACUUUGCCACUAUGGGCUGUCUACACAGCUAUGGAAUACCGCUGGCCCUUUGGCAAUUACCUAUGUAAGAUUGCUUCAGCCAGCGUCAGUUUCAACCUGUAUGCUAGUGUGUUCCUACUCACGUGUCUCAGCAUUGAUCGAUACCUGGCUAUUGUUCACCCAAUGAAGUCCCGCCUUCGACGCACAAUGCUUGUAGCCAAAGUCACCUGCAUCGUCAUUUGGCUGCUGGCAGGCUUGGCCAGUUUGCCAGCUAUAAUCCAUCGAAAUGUAUUUUUCAUUGAGAACACCAAUAUUACAGUUUGUGCUUUCCAUUAUGAGUCCCAAAAUUCAACCCUUCCGAUAGGACUGGGCCUGACCAAAAAUAUACUGGGUUUCCUGUUUCCUUUUCUGAUCAUUCUUACAAGUUAUACUCUUAUUUGGAAGGCCCUAAAGAAGGCUUAUGAAAUUCAGAAGAACAAACCAAGAAAUGAUGAUAUUUUUAAGAUAAUUAUGGCAAUUGUGCUUUUCUUUUUCUUUUCCUGGAUUCCCCACCAAAUAUUCACUUUUCUGGAUGUAUUGAUUCAACUAGGCAUCAUACGUGACUGUAGAAUUUCAGAUAUUGUGGACACAGCCAUGCCCAUCACCAUUUGUAUAGCUUAUUUUAACAAUUGCCUGAAUCCUCUUUUUUAUGGCUUUCUGGGGAAAAAAUUUAAAAAAUAUUUUCUCCAGCUUCUAAAAUACAUUCCCCCAAAAGCCAAAUCCCACUCAAACCUUUCAACAAAAAUGAGCACGCUUUCCUACCGCCCCUCAGAUAAUGCAAGCUCAUCCACCAAGAAGCCUGCACCAUGUUUUGAGGUUGAGUGACAUGUUCGAAACCUGUCCAUAAAGUAAUUUUGUGAAAGAAGGAGCAAGAGAACAUUCCUCGGCAGCACUUCACUACCAAAUGAGCAUUAGCUGCUUUUCAGAAUUGAAGGAGAAAAUGGAUUAUGUGGACUGAACUGACUUUUCUAAAGCUCUGAACAAAAGCUUUUCUUUCCCUUUGCAACAAGACACAGCAAAGCCACAUUUUGCAUUAGACAGAUGAUGGCUGCUCGAAGAACAAUGUCAGAAACUCAUUGAAUGUGUUGAUUUGAGAAAUUUUACUGACAGAAAUGCAAUCUCCCUAGUCUGUUUUUGUCCUGUUAUUUUUUUAUUUCCACAUAAAGGUAUUUAGAACAUAUUAAAUUGUUAGAGGAGCAACAGGAAAUGAGAGUUCAAGAUUGUUCUGUCCAAUUUCCAAAGGGCAGUAAAGCUUUUGUGCCUGUUUUUAGCUAUUAGCAACUGUGCCACACUUGCACCUAUUACUGCACAUUUUGUACAAAGAUUUGCUAAGCAGUAGUUGUCAAGUUUCAGAUCUUUUUGUGAAAUGCAACCUGUGUCUCAUAGGUUUACACUGCCAAAACAAUGCCCGUAAGAUGGCUUAUUUGUAUAAUGGUGUUACUAAAGUCACAUAUAAAAGUUAAACUACUUGUAAAGGUGCUGCGCGGGUCCCAAGUAGUAGUGUCUUCCUAGUAUAUUAGUUUGAUUUAAUAUCUGAGAAGUGUAUAUAGUUUGUGGUAAAAAGAUUAUAUAUCAUGAAGUAUGCCUUCUUGUUUUAAAAAAGUAUAUAUUCUACACAUAUAUGUAUAUGUAUAUCUAUAUCUGAACUGCUGUUAAUUGAUUAAAAUUUGGCAAAGUUAUAUAUACUUUAAAAUAAAAUAAUUUUAUUGCAAUGUA